UCUGUGAAGGCGCAUGAAAAUGACGUCUUGUUGUUUGAAAAUCAGGGUUCGAUCUACUUUGUGGUUAUCUUUCCUACUCUCCUAAAAGGUUCAUUUGAAAGCUUUAAUAACCACAAAAUACCGAAGAGCGAUUUAUAUUUAAGUAUUUUUAUAAAAUUGAUAUAUUACAUAUAAUCUAUGUAAGAUGCAAAGACAGGCCUCACUACAGAAAGGAAGCGUAAGAAAACAAAUUGGGACGCAGCCUAACGGAGGCGGCGCCAGUGUUUGAAAACUUCAACUAGCUAAGCUGUUCCGUGUUCCUUUUCUGCGGUUUUUUUUUUUUAACUAAUUUUGUUCAUUUUCUGAACUUGAUUCCAUUUUACUAGUAUUAAUCAUGGGUGUCCACGACUUGUGGUCCAUCAUUGAGCCAGUCCGAGAGACAGUGCCGUUGUACAGUUUGAGCGGAAAGACUCUGGCGGUAGACCUGAGCUUAUGGGUCUGUGAGGCUCAACACGUCCAGGGCAUGAUGGGCAAAGUUACUAAGCCCCAUCUGAGGAAUUUAUUUUUCCGAGUGUCGUCGCUCACACUGAUGGGGGUGAAGCUCGUUUUUGUCAUGGAGGGAGAAGCUCCCAAACUUAAAUCAGAAACGAUGAGCAAAAGGACAGAAAUGAGAUUCGGAGGAUCCAGAAAAGCUCAUUCCUCAAAGUCAUCCACAACUACCAGCAGAGGGCGCUUUAAUGCUGUACUCCGAGAGUGUACAGAGAUGUUGAACUGCCUGGGUUUGCCCUGGGUGACAGCAGCUGGGGAAGCAGAGGCCAUGUGUGCUUACCUGGACUCAGCAGGGCUGGUUGAUGGCUGUAUAACCAACGAUGGAGAUGCAUUCUUGUAUGGGGCUAGGACGGUCUACAGGAACUUCAAUAUGAACAGUAGAGACCCUCAGGUCGAUUGCUACCAGAGGUCUCGAGUGCAAACCGAGCUACACCUGUCAAGAGAGAAUCUUGUUGGCUUGGCCAUUCUCCUUGGUUGUGAUUAUAUUCCUAAGGGUAUACCUGGUGUUGGCAGAGAGCAGGCCUUGAGGCUUAUACAUACCCUGAAGGGACAGUCACUUCUACAGAGGUUCAAACAGUGGAAGCAGGAGAGUCCUGACGUGCCUUUCGGCGUUGCAAAGAAAGUUCCUCACUGCAACUUAUGUCGACAUCCUGGCUCAGCUAAGGCACACGAGCGUGGCGGCUGUGUGCUCUGCGGCAGUCAGCGAUUCUGCCAGCCUCAGGACUUCGAUUAUCAGUGUCCAUGUGACUGGCACUGCUACGAACAGAGCCGCCAGGCAUCGUCUCUGGAGGCAAACAUCAGGAAAAAAACUCUGGCAAGUCAGCAGUUCCCAUUUACAGAGAUUAUAAACGAGUUUCUGGUUUCCAAGGAUGAACCUGUGGCACAUUUUCAGAGGAAACAGCCAAAUAUUCUGCUGAUGCAGAAUUUCGCUUAUGAGAAGAUGGAGUGGCCAAAACACUACACGAGUGAAAAGGUUUUGGUCCUGAUGACCUACACUGAGCUGAUGAACAGAAAAUACGGAAGAGACGUGCCCUCCCAAAUCAUGCCUAUCCGAAUUCUGAAACCAAGGGUGAGGAACUUUGUGGCUUGCUUUGAAGUCAUCUGGAACACUCCAGAACAUUUUGUAUUUCCAGAGGAAAGACCCACAGAGGACCAACAUGAGGUGAGGACGGUGGAGGAAGAGUCGCUUUUCCGUGUGGCUUUCCCAGAGAUCGUUGAAAGCUACCUAAGAAGCAAAGCUCUGCUUAAAGAGAACAAAACUAAACAGAAGAAAGCGAGACGUAAAAAGGAGAAACCAUCUGAUAGUUCUGCUGGUGUCUCAGCUCUCUUGGCUCAGAUGACGCUUCAGACGUUCUUAGAAAACAGGUCCACUCAGCCACAAACUCAUCUCCCUUCCAGCUCAAGCUCAGAAAAAACUGAAUUGAUCAUUUUAGACACUCCAGUGAAUCGUAAGCAACACAGGAAAGAAAAAGAAGACGGUCAAGUCCGCGAAACUCUGCCUGACGUCGAACCACAAAGCGCUUCACCUUCUGUCUCUUCCUUUAUUGACGCUCUACAUCUCAGCAAUAUCGACUGGGAUGUGUUGUCUUUCACUUCAUCGCCUUCCCCACCGGCGGUCCAGGGUGCAGAGCCUGGGCAAACUGAUGAAACGCAAGGUGCAGCCAAACAGCCAGAGCUCUGUUGCACUGAGUAUCCUCUGAGAGACAGAGUCCUCAUGAGGAACGCAGAAAAAUCUCUGAAAGCUACAGCUGAGGUUUCAAAACAUCUGGACUGUGAGUUGGUCAUUUCACAUGAAAAGCAAACUGGGGAAAUUUCCAGUGGAAGUAGCAGUGAGGGCAUCAUGUUGACUGGCAAGGAAAAGGAACCAAUAACAAACAAAGUCCAAUGUAUGUUAAAAGAAAGUCUUGAAAGAUCAAAAAAGCCAAAGAUUUUGCCAUGUGAUGCUCAAAGUAAGACAAAGGAGGAAUCUAACAAACGUGAAAAGCCUUCUCCAAGAUAUAGAUUUGUCAGAGCUGCUUUGUCCUUGUCCUCUGCUCCGCCACAGAGAUGCCACUCUGACCCAGGACAAAGAGUCAAAAAGGGCAGCAUCAAGAAGACCGUCUGCAUGAGCGUGUGCUCAUCCAGCGAGGAUAGUGAUGUUGAAAACCGGCAAUCUGGACCUCAACGUCAAACAAAAAUGAAACCGGCAGACAAAAGUAUAAGUAGCCUAAUAGCAGACUUCCCUCUAAAACCAGCCUGUGAUCAGUUUAAAGCUGCUAAUCCAAAGACUUUUCAAACGCUUCAAUUAACUGGACCAAAAUCACAGAGCCAUGGGGAAAAAGUUGAAAAUGAAACACCUGCAUUGACAAAAAACAGCUGUCAGGAUGUUCAAACAACUAAAGUCAGUGAUGAUGAGAUUCUCCAGACUCCUGCUUCGCCCGUCAUUGUAUUAGAUGGUGAGGAUUCGGUGAUUUGUAGUGACAGUCCCCUGCCACUGGCUGAGAGACUGAGACUAAAAUUUCUGAAGUGAUCAUCCAGUUUUGUCGGUUUAAAGAGUAUUUUUAUCUUUUAUUCACAUCCUAUUUGCUUCUAAUUAAGUAAUUUCUUUGCUUUUUGAAAAGCAAAAUGCCAGAGGGUAGCUUUAGAAUACUGUGACCCAGUUUGAGUUUUAUUUGUCUGUUGUGUUUUGAAAAUAAACUUAGAAGAUUUAUUUGUAUUUUGAAAA